AUGGGCGUCUUAGCAGCACCCGCCGCCCACUGAGAGGGAUAGACUGUAGAGCUUCCCCAGACAGCGAGAAGACGCUACUGACUGCAACCUCAAGGGAGUAGCGAGUGGUGGAGAUUUCUGGGUACCGGCGUGGAUUCCGAUGACCGAGCUGGGAUGA